UACGCGAAAAGAGUGAAAACUGAAAACACUUAGGUUACGGAGUCUCGACUCGGGUUGUUCUUCUGCAUUUAUAUUUUAUUAACGAUGGGAUUAAAAGAAGCUAUCAUCUACUUAGACAAUCAGUGGAACACAUACUAUGCUGGCCAAACUGUGAAUGGAAGAAUAGAGUAUGUCUUCGAUACUCCUAAAAAAGUUAGAGGAAUACACGUAAAUAUUAAAGGUGAAGCACAUACAGAGUGGAGUGAAAGUAAACAGGAAGAGGAUACUGAUGGUAAAAGUCAGUCAUCAGAAACUCUUCAUACAGGCAAGGAGGAGUAUUUUCAAAUUUCUUACUAUCUUUUGGGAAAUAACACUGGAAAUGAAAUUGAGAUACCUCCUGGAAAACAAAUAUAUAAUUUUACGUGUACUUUACCACCUGUUCUCCCGUCAUCCUUUGAAGGAGAGUAUGGAUAUGUGCGAUAUACAGUUAAAGUCACUCUGGAUCGCCCGUGGAAGUUUGAUCAAGAGACAAAAAUGGCUUUUACUGUUAUUAAUGCAUUGGAUUUAAAUCUUAAUCCAUCUUAUAGAGAGCCUUUGCAUUUUCAAAUGGAGAAGACAUUCUGUUGCUUUUGUUGUGCAUCACCACCGCUUUGUGUGGAUAUAAGGGCACCUGUCACAGGAUAUUGUCCUGGACAAGUUAUUCCUUUAACUAUUGACAUUGAGAAUAAGAGUAAUGUACAAGUACACCUUGUGAAAGUAUUCUUGAGAAAGGUAGCGACAUAUAGAGCUACAUCCCCAAGCAAUGUUACAAAAAAAUGUAAAGAUAUUAUUUUAACAAUUCAAGAGGGUCCAGCACCAGCCGGGACCACAAAACAUUGGAACUUGAAUAUGGAGAUUCCUCCCAUUCCGCCUUCUAAUCUUGUUAAUUGUAGCAUUAUUGAUUUGGAUUAUGAUGUGAAGGUCGAAUGUGUUGUAUCAGGAAUGCAUAUAAACCUGAAAGACAAGAAGUAUAUUACUAUUGGAACGGUUCCAUUAAUGGGUGUUGGGGCAACUCCAUCUGCGCCAAUACUCUCUGAAGGGGGUAAUCAACCUGCUGUUUUACCAGUUUCUCCUGGAGAAUCUGUUCAGCCCUCAGCGCCAGGAGGUGAAGGUCCUGGUGGUUGGGUUGCCCCGGGAUCUACGCCUAUGCAGCCACCUUACCAGUCGCUGUAUCCUGCCUUGUCCGCCCCCGUCUACAGAGAGUCCCCGUACGGACGGAAUAUACAGGACCGUAAUGAAACCCAGCACAUGGCUAUCACAGGACCUGCUAAGUUUGCGCCCUACUACCCUACGUAUGCAGCAGUUCAACCACCUCCACUACCACAGUAAAACACCUGAUAAUAUGCGAAGAUUAAGAAAACUAAAAUGAAAACUAUCACUUACAUUCUGUUUACUCUCAACAUGUUAUUAUUAUGAAUACUUGUAUACAUGUCGCAGUAAUAUAGUUAAAUCAGAGAGAUAAUUGAAUCUCUAGAAUCUAGACAGUUAGUUCAAGAUCGACAUUCAAUCAAGUCGAUAGCAUUUUAGUCGAAAACGUUUAACUAUCUGUCUGACCAAAAGUGAGUGUGUUGAUUAAUAAUGUAAAACAAAAUGGCGGUCACAACAACAGCUGAUUUUAGAGACUUUCUUUUGGCAAACGUCGGUCUGUUGUGUGAGUGGUUUUUUGUUUCAAAUUGUGGUCUUUGGUGACAGACGGUGGCUAUGAUUAUUUCGGUGUGAUCGUGAAGAACUGAGAGCUUGGAAAAUCCUGUAUUGUGUUUUAUUAUAAAUGGGUAGGCUAGUCUUGUUGCCUAGGAACGUUUCGUUCAGUCACUUGUCUUACGAAACUUUAGCAACUUGAUUGAAUAUCGAUCUUUAAUGAACUGUCUAUAGAUUCAAAUUACUCUCUGAUUUAACUACUUUACUGCGACAUACAGAUUAUUUUAAAGCUUUUGUAUUUAGGUCGGAGUAAUAUUAUAUUUAAUUAACUGUUUAUUCAUGUUUUUUAUACUUUUUGUGUUGGCCUCGUGGCUUGAGCGACUUUCCUAUUAAGAGAAAAAAGAUAACGACAGAGAUACAAAUCUGAAGACCAA